AUGAAGGUUAGUAACUUAUUUAUUGGAGCGCUUGCUACUGCGGCCCUUGCUAAGAACCUCAAAGUCCCACCUACCGGUGAGUUAUCUUCUGAACCACCUGUGAAGAAACUUGGAGUCGCUGAUAUUCAGGCGGAAGACAACACCCCAAGCCCAAAACACGCCAAUAAGCCAUUAGAACCCCACGGAGAGGGAUCUGGACAUGGAGCUGUUGGGUUAAAGAACCCAGCUAUCGAUUCGGAUGAAGAGGACAGCUUGGAAGGUGCCUCGUCAUUCAAAAAAUUGGUUAUGCCGAUCUCCAUGAUUGUGGUGUCGGAAAUUGGUGACAAGACGUUCCUCAUUGCUGCCUUAAUGGCCAUGAAACAUUCCAGGUUUGUUGUGUUUACCUCUGCAUUCUCCUCCCUUGCAGUUAUGACUGUGUUAUCGGGAGUCAUUGGCCAUGCUUUACCUUCAUUAAUAUCCCAAAGAUUAACGCAAUUCUUGGCUUCCGUUCUCUUUGUAGUAUUUGGUUAUAAAUUAUUGAGAGAAGGCUUGGAAAUGUCCAAGGAAGCUGGUGUAGAUGAAGAGUUGGCGGAGGUUGAAGAGGAAUUGGCCAGUUCGUCCAUUAACUCCAGAAUGAACGACAUCGAAAUGCAAGAGGCUGGUGGAGCAGAUCUGGCUCAGAACAUUUCCAAAAAGUCUACUCAAUGGUUGAAAGAAGUUGGUGAUAACGUCCAAAACUUAGCAUCCUUUGUGUUGUCUCCUAUAUGGAUCCAAGUAUUUGUCAUGACCUUCUUGGGUGAAUGGGGUGACAGAUCCCAAAUCGCCAUUAUCGCCAUGGCUGCUGUCCCAGACUACUGGAUUGUUAUCCUAGGUGCUGUUAUUGGACACGGAUUGUGUACAGCUGCUGCUUGCUUGGGAGGUAAGUUGUUGGCCAAGAGAAUUUCCAUGAGAAAUGUCACCUUAGGGGGAGCGGCAGCGUUUUUGAUAUUUGCUGUUUCGUACUUCUAUGAUGCUUUAUACAACGAGGAGCUUUAA